AUGCCAUUGAAUAUUAGUUCCCGUUCAACACCGAACGAUAUGUGGCUGAUCGAUAGCACUCUCGCCCGAAGCUUCACAGAAUACGCGCUUGGCGUCGCUGCAGCACCAAUCUGUUUACUGGGCAUCAUGGGAAACCUCAUUAACAUUUUAGUGUUUCUGAAACAAGGAUUUCGGGAAGUGUCGACCAUGACCUUCUUCAGUUUAGCCGUUUCAGAUCUCGGAUGCUUGCUAACUUUGCUAGAAAUCAACAUCUUCAACAACCCGUUGUUUAAGAAAUCUGAUCUUGCUUUAGACAUCUCUAACGUGUCCCAUUUAAUAGCCGUAUUGCCACACACUGGUUUCAGCCGUGUCACUAGCCUCAUAACAGCCUACACUAGUUUCGAACGAUGCAUUUGCGUUAUGCUUCCCUUAAAGGUGAAGCUGAUUCUGACACCCAGAAGAACUAUUUAUGUAAUUCUCAUGACCUUUCUGAUCCCGUUUUUAAGUGUAUGCCCCAUCUAUACCAGUAAAUAUCUGGUCUGGGAUUUCGACACAUCAACAAAUCGUUCUUUUCUUGCAACUGUCAAAAACGAUAAUAACUUUUCUGUUUCUUAUUUAUGUUACGAUAUACUCAAUAUCCAGGGGUACGUUUCCUUCUUUCUGGUGAUUAUAUUUACAACAGCUCUGACUAGUCAGUUGAAAAAACAAAGCAACUGGAGGAAGACAGAAUCAGGAGCAGACACAACAAGUUUAAUUGCAGCAAGAGAGGGGAAAAUUAUCAAAAUCGUUAUAACCAUUUGCGCAAUUUACAUCGCCAGCUUUUGUCCAAUGACUAUCCUUUACAUGGCUUCGUCCAUUCGCUCGCAGCUUCACCCGGCAGGACGAUAUGGGCUGUUGUAUACAACUAUUCUGUCGGUAGCUUACAACCUAGAAGCUGUGAGCUGCAGCAUAAAUAUAUUUGUUUAUCGAAACGCCAGCUCAAAAUAUAGAAAAAUACUUGACAGAAUCUUCUGUGCCCAUCGCGGCAGCCAAAGGACAUUUUGGUAA